AGGGCACCGCCGUCCCCGACGGCUACGCGCAGCGACUCGAGGAGGCUCGCGCCGUGUACCUUCACCAGCUGAUCCGGGAUCACGGGGACGGCACGAUCCGGACGCUGAGGCCGCUGCCCGAGGGCGCCCGCGUCCGCCUGGAGUUGCUCGGUCCUGUGCCGCUCGCCGAGGCCGGCGCCGUCGCCGCGGGCGGCGAGGUCGCGGGGGCCGCCGCCACCGAGCCGCUCACGCGUUCGGCGGCAGCGGUUGCCGGCGUGAGCGGGCCCUGUGCGCCCGCGGGCUGCGCUGCAGUGGCGCUGCGCGCGCGCGAUGCGCCUGGCUCGCCCGCAGCGGACGGCGUCGGCUGCGCCAGUGGCGGCGCCGGCCGCGGGGAGCCGCUGGCAGCCCUGCUGCGAAGAUUUCAGCCGCCAGCGCCGCCUGAGGCCGAGGACAUACCCCACGCCGCCGCAGCUGGCGGCUCUGCGGAGCACGCGUGCCAGGCCGCCGUGCCCGCGCGUGGCGUACCCCACGGUGCAGGGCACGAGGGGCGCAGCGCGCAGGCACGCCCGCGGGGCGCGGGCGCCGCGUGGGCCACCGAGGCGGCGGCGGCGACGCCGGCCGCCUCGAAGCAGUUCCG